AUGCUCGCUGAUCCAAAAUUUACCGUCAUAAAGAUACGCUGCUUUACCCUAAUUUCAGGCGUCGGACUCGACAGGCUCCCAGCUGGCGCCGUGCUUCUGACUCUUGAAGUGCCAUCAAAUAUUGGUAGUGGGCAGUGGAAUCACGCCAAAAAGGAAGGAAAGAAGGAAGAGGAUCCUUACACCAGUCAGAAAAACAAGGCAGGAGCUCUAUUCCACGGACUGUCUGCCACUGAGGGUCCGAGCGGUAAUAGCUCCACAGAAGACCUUCCCCUUGCAACUGCUGCAAAAAAGAUUUCUGAUGGCACUGAGGUCUCAAGGGUAUCUUCAAAGAACAUGGAUGUUUUGACAGGAGGGAACUUCACUCAAGCUGUUGCGCUGGCGGCCAUAGAGGCUGCAGAUGUCUUGUUAAUAUCUCUUUUACACGAGGGGCGGCUUUUCAAGCCAUGGUCACAUGACACUCAGGGGGUUCGACCUUUAGGGGAAUUCUUGUGUCUCGGGGAUACAGCAGUCGCGGGUGAGGAUGCAGAUAUGACUGCGGUCCCCCGUCAAACUUCGCAUAGCAUUCGACCAUCGUCUGCGAAUGAAACUGAGCCCGCGAAUCGCCAGGCUUGUCUCCCAGAGCACAUUUCAAAACUCCUGUAUACAAUGCGGCAGCUACUAGAGGAGAACAGAGUUCGCCGAAAUGGUGAAAGCGGACAGUUCUCCACCCACCCUCGUGACAGUUCGCACCAACUGGCUCUUGAGACAGGCCGCCCCCAGCGGUUGCCUCGUGUUGUCAUUCUCACCGAAAUGCCGGUAUCUCCAUCAUGCGAAGAUGCAAUUGCCGCCGAAGUUCGGCGUCACCUUGGAACCGCUGAUGUCAAAGUAAGUGUAAUAGGCUUGCAACUGCAUGGAGGUGGAGAGGCUACUCGAGACGUCUUGGAUUCCGUGUUGCGAGGAAUUGUGCCCCGGAAUACCUCACAGACACAAAUUGCAGACGCAAUAGAGAAUUUACUGACUAGACAACCCGAUUCUGCUCCUCCGAGCUCCACGGAAUUUGCUGGGUGUGCACUCGCCUGUACUACAAGCGCAGCGGCUUUUAGGCGAUCAUUGGCAUUCGUCAAGGGACGAUUGUGUGAGCUUCGAUACCAGGCGGAACAGGAUAUAGCAUCCAAAUCGUUUGGCGCUACAGUUCAAAACAUUCUUUCAGAAGCACUGGCGCUAUACGACUACCAAACCCGGCGAUGCCAGCUUUCCCCGGAGCGGGAGACACAGCGCAACGAGCUGCUGCGUUCGUUGGAAAAGGAGCUUCGUAUUCUGUACCUCAGGAAAGCUCUGCACAUAGAGAACAGCGCGCGAUUGAGGCUCCGGGCAGAGCUAGUAGCUGCAUUACAGAAAGAUGCACGUGCCUUCGGAUCACACACUCCAGGCAUCGUUAAAAAGGUGCUAACUGCAAUGGACGAACAGUUGACAGAAUUACUACCCCCUGUCGCCGUAAAAAUGGCUAAGAAGUUCAAAAAUGCAGUUUCUGAGAGUCAGGCAGUGCCUGGUAACUCGCUGUGGCAGCCAAGUCUCUCAGAUAUCUCUGAGGCAUCGGUUAGGUCUGGUCGGGAUGCCUGGCUUUGCCACAGCCUCUGCACUUCCUUGUUUGAUAUUCAUAUGCUCCUCCUUCAAAAAGCUGCUAGGGACUUCUCGGCUAUAACGCUGGGCUUUUCCAGGUCAACGCUUGCUUCGUUGCUCCGUCAGCAGCAGAGCCGUACAUGGCUGGGCAUCUCACUUCGGCCGUCUCUGUCCAUAGCCAGUUUACUACGCUUGCGUGGAAGCGGCAACCUUCAGGGUUAUUCGCGCUAUAACGCCGGACCGAUUCAGCUGAUCUUCGGUUUUACGAACGACGGUGAAGGAUUGGAGCGGGAACGUCAAGCAGCUUUCCGUUUGCAGCCAAAAAUACACUUUGACGUCGAAGUCGACUAA